AUGUCUAAGCCCAGAACAUUAAGUGAGAGCAGUGAAGAGGACAACAAAGACAGCCAUAGCAUGGGAGCCACAUUGUGGCCAGUUAAAAGGCGGGGACCGAGCAUGGCGAAACACGUGGGAAAGUCUCCGAAGAAGAGGCCUCGUAUCGACGGCAACGAAGAAUCGUCCAAUCAUGAAACCCUGUCUGGAUACAGCAAGCAAAGUCUUGGCAUGAUGGCCAAGAUGGGUUUCAAAGUGGGAAAGGGUCUUGGGAAGGAGGAGCAGGGCAGAGUGGACAUCAUCGAAUCCAGCAAGCAGAAGGGAAGACGAGGGCUUGGGCUGACGGUCCGUGGCUUUGAAGGCACCAAGGCAGAUUGGAAUUUCUCUGACGAAGAGAUCACAAUCGAGGAAGAGGUCACGUGGAUGCCGACUUGCAUUCUUGCACCCCUCUCCUUGUCUGAACUUCGCAGCUGGGUGGAAGAGGGAACAAAGAGCCUCUCUCUAGAUGGAGAGACUGCAUUUUGUUCUCCCGAAUUGCUUCAGGAGAUCCUGUCUUCCAAGUCCAUUUUUGAUAGCCUGGAAUCUGCAGAGAUGGUGAGAGCAAGAUCUAAAGCUAAUCCCUUUGAGGCAGUUGGUGGAGGGAUUUUUCUGAAUCGGGCUGCCAUGAAGAUGGCAAACAUGGAUGCCGUCUUUGACCACAUGUUUUCAAAUCCCAAAACCCCAGAUGGUCAGCCUCUUGUGGGGAAACAUAAUAUUUUAUAUUUUGCUGAUGUUUGUGCAGGACCUGGUGGCUUUUCAGAGUACCUGAUAUGGAAGAGGGGUCCUCUUUAUGCCAAAGGCUAUGGUUUUACCCUCAGGGGAUCUUGUGAUUUCAAGCUUGAGAACUUCUAUGCUGUGUCUCCAGAGGGAUUUGAGCCUCAUUAUGGAAAAAAUGGAAUAGAUGGAACAGGUGAUAUUUUUGAUGAGAGCAAUCUGAAGACAUUCAGAGACUUUGUGAUGGAGCAGACUGGGUGUGGAGUUCACAUUGUGAUGGCAGAUGGGGGCUUCUCUGUUGAGGGCCAGGAGAACAUUCAAGAGAUCCUGUCAAAGCGACUGUACCUCUGUCAGUUCCUCUGUGCUAUGAUGAUUCUGGUGCCUGGUGGGAGUUUUGUAUGCAAACUCUUUGACAUCUUCACACCCUUCAGUGUUGGUCUAAUUUAUUUGCUGUAUCGGUCAUUCCAUUCAGUGAGCAUACACAAGCCCAACACGAGUCGUCCUGCAAACUCGGAACGUUACGUCAUCUGUCGCAACAUGAGGGCCGACUCGGCAGAUGUUCGUGACUAUCUCUUUGAGCUGAAUUGUCGUCUUGGAGAACUGAGCAAGGCAGAUACAGACAUAAUAGAGGUGGUCCCUCUUCAGUUUCUUCAAGAAGAUGAAGGAUUCUUUGAUUACAUAUGCAAUUCAAAUAAGAAAGUGGGUGAGAGACAAGUGCUUUAUUUAAGGAAAACACAGAAGUUUGCUCAAGAUGACUCCUUAGAAGAAUUCAGGCAGCUGGAUUUGAAAUCUCAGUGCUUGAAGGCUUGGGGAGUCCCCGAAGAGAUUCGGAAGGCACCACCAAAGUUACCUCUUGAUGAUGUGCUUGUGAAGCUGUUGGGCUCUGACUUGAAAGAGUAUCUUGAAGCAGUCCCCAAAGUCUUGUCAGCUGCCUCAAUUUCCCAUGAUAUUCACAGUGUUUACAAUUACCGUUGUGUUGUGCUGAGUUCCAGUUCUAGCAAUGGGGACAGUCAAUUGGGUUUAAUUGUUGGACUUGGUCGUUCCUUGGUCUUUAUGCACUGCUUUGGGAGUAGGAGUCAGCGAUGGGAAAAAUUGUCCAUCAAGUGUCAGCUUCCUCGUGAAACUGUGAUAGUUGCCGAAAUUGUUACCGAGUUCCAUGGUGUUGCCUCAGGGUCAAAAAGGGUCCAAACGAUCCACAUCAUUGAUGGUAUAUUCCUGGCAGGGGAGAAUAUUGCCAAUCGCCCCCUUAUGGAGAGAUACUGUCUCUGUGAACAGUUUGCCAAAAUCAUGAAUAAGCCCAGUAAUCCUACCCUAGCCAUCAUUCGAGCGAAAGAGAUGUUCCGACUGGAAUCAGUUGAACAGGUGUUUGAGCGAUUGAAGAGACAGAAGCUCAAAAGUUAUGGUGAACGUCUGGUUCCUGUAUUUUCCCUCUCACAAACAUAUCCUCAUGUCAUGGUACCACGGGGGUUGUUCCUCAUUCCAUUGGUGGCACAUCCAUGGAUGAUGGCCUUGUCUCGCUCCAUGAACCGCAAAUACUACUAUAACGUCAUGACACGGGAGUCCGUUCAUGAGGCACCAAAUGACUCCAUCAACCCAGUGAAAUCUUCUCUGCAGGAUUCCUGGAUUUGGCCCCUCACCAAUGAGGGACUCUGUGAUCCUGAAUGUGAUGGGCUAUUAGAUUUUGUCAGUCGAAUGCGAAGAUAA